AAUGUGUACACAUAGGAAAACUGGUUCAGAAUAUGCAGUGAAGAUUGUAAGUCGUAGGAUAGACUGUACAAGGGAAAUUCAUUGUUUGAGGCAAUGUCAAGGUCAUCCUAAUAUAAUUUCAUUAUAUGACGUCUUUCAUGAUGAGCUUCAUCAUUAUCUUGUUAUGGAAUUAUGCAAGGGUGGGGAAUUAUUAGAAAGAAUUAAAAAGAAGCAACAUUUUGAUGAAAUAGAAGCUAGCAGAAUAAUGAAGAAAUUAGUAUCAGCUGUGAAAUAUAUGCAUGAUAGAAAAGUUGUACAUCGGGACCUGAAACCUGAAAAUUUGUUGUUCAAAGAUAAUAGUGAAGAUGCUGAAUUGAAGAUUGUUGAUUUUGGGUUUGCUCGUAUGAAACCUGACAAUAAUCAACCAUUGAAUACUCCAUGUUUCACCCUACACUAUGCAGCUCCUGAAGUACUAAGACAGACAUCAUUGCAUAAACACCAUAAUGACCCCACUGGAUAUGAUGAUUCUUGCGAUCUUUGGAGUUUAGGAGUCAUUAUGUAUACCAUGUUAUCAGGGAAUGUACCAUUUCAGAAGAGCAGUCGAGGUGCUAAUGACAGUGCCUCAGAUAUUAUGCAAAGAAUUAAAGAAGGAGAUUUCACAUUUAAAGGUGAAGAAUGGAACACAGUAUCACAACAAGCAAAGAGUCUAAUACAAGGACUACUGACUGUAGAUCCAAACAACAGACUAACAAUGUCUGAACUUAUGAGAAAUGAGUGGAUACAAGGACACAAAGUAUACAGUUCUACUCCACUAAUGACACCUGAUGUGUUGAGCUCAUCAAGUUUAUCUGUACAAUCCGCUGUCAAAGUAACUCUUGAUGCUUUCCACAUGGCAGCUAGGCAAGGCUUCCAUCUAAUGGACGUCAGUAAUGCACCUUUAGCAAAGAGGCGCAAAUUGAAAAAAGACAGUUCUACUGAACAGAGAAGCAGUUCUAACGAAAGUACUCAGAGUACGCAUUCUCAGAGGAGUGUUACACCUACUGGUAUAGUUCAUGGUACAACUCAUGUGCCUACUCUGUUAACUACUGCAGCAAAUAUGGGAGGCACACCUCAAUCUCUUUUCAAAUUACAACAUGAAGCAGCUAAUGCUAAAAUGAACACUGAACCAAUUGUGAUUGGUGGAUUAAAUGCAGCCAUUGAACAAGUCAACAGCUCACCAACCAAUGUUCUUAUGACAGGAAGUACAGUCACUAAUUCUACUAUGCCUGCUCCUCCACAAACUAGACUUUUCAAACCAGCUGUAGAUGCUACUGUAGUUAAUCAAGGCCAGUUAAAUAAUUCUGGAGGUUUCCUGGUCACACCUGUUGCUUUGAAUAACCAACCUCUGUUGUCCUCUCCUCCCAGACCUAUCACUACUGCUAGUUUUGUACCUAUUUCUAAAAUCACGCCAAAGAUUUCACCAUUGUCCAAGACUUCUGUAUCACAUCCCUUACAGAUUGCAAUCAAACCAAACCUAGCAACCAUAUCCCAGCAUCCUGUAUUACCAGGCGUGAUGACCAGCCCACAAAUCAUCAUCAGUCCUACAUCAAGUGGCAUUGACAACAACCAGUUAACAUUUACUACAACCCAGUCUCCUCAGAUGACUUCUAGACAGUUGUUGAUCCCGCCAACAACUGGAAUACCUGCAUCCAGAACAUCUCCACAAUUUCAAACUGGAGGUAUUUCUCACACACUUGUAUCUAGUAACAGAAGAAUUGCUCCAUUUCCACAAAACUUGACACCUAUCCUGACAAUCCCAGGAAGUACUCCGUCAACCACAUCCACUAAUGUGCCUUUACAAGCAAUCAAAGUAUCAUCCCCUGUAUUUUGUCCAAUCAAUCCUACUCUUAAUCCAAAUGUCCAAUAUAUUACAGUGCGAAAUAUCAGCCCAGGUGUUCAGAUUCCAGUCGGCACUGCAGGUCUGCAAGCUUUGGCUUUGCCUCAACAGAGUGUAUUGCAACCUGUGUUACAGACAUCACCCCAAGCCACUCAACUUGUUUUUACAUCAAGCCAGUCUCAAAUAAGAAACAUAUCUCCACAGACGUUAUCCAUAGCUCCUAAUGUUGUAAAUCCACAGGUGUCCAGCAUGCAGCCCGGUAAUGUGACAGCACCUCUAUCAAUGCAACCACUUGUUUUCCCAGCAUUUCAACUAGCUCAGUCAGCUGGUCAAGUUGUUACUACCAAUGUACAAAACAAUAACAAUAAUAACACUUUGAUAGUUACAAAUAAUGCCAAUGUAAAAAAUGUACAGGGAUAA